GUGGAGGAUGGGCUGGCGCGGAGAGCGGCUUCAGCAUCUGCUCUGUACACAGAGCCGCUUCGCAAAGCUCCGAGAGGCAGCUCAGGAAGACGCUGCUCGUGCUCGAGUGCCCGUGAUUGCACAGACGCCACACGCUGCUCCAGCCUUUGCUUCCAGCUCCGCACGGGGUGGGCAAGGGCUCCAGCAAGGCAAGGGGGAGAAAAAGCUGCUGUUUGUGCCUUCAUUGGGAUGAGCUGAGUGAGGAUAUUUACUUGGGUACAGGGUGAAGAGCGUGGCAAGAUGAUUUGGAGUCAAGGAGCUGUCUAAAAGUGGCCAAGCCAAGGUGGAGGAGAUGCUAAAGGGAGGCGCUUUCUGGAACCAAGCAGCCUAUUGAAGCUGAGACAACACCUGUUUGAGAGCUCUCGGGAUCAUAGCCCUAGGAAGAACAACACAUUCAGGAGUACCGUGGGUUCAGACGCAAAAUAACACCUCUUGCCAAACUUCCAGCAGCCACAUCUACUUCCAAACAGAGGUUGGGACAGUACUGAAAAACAUUCUGAGAGGAAACAACCUGUGCUGGCCGGGUCCUGGGAGAGGAGGUGGGCGAAGGAGGCUUUUCCUUCCUUGUUGUGUUACUAUCUCCGGGUCAGUGUUCUCUUCCAUGUGUGGAAGAGGCAGGAAAAGCCCCUGCAAGUUACAGGUCUGCUGCCAAAAGCAAAGAAACCAUUUUGGAUAAGAGCUUGGGUUGAUUAGCAAUCUUCUUGAAGAAUGUCCAGCCACGAUGCUGAGGACUUGGGGGCAGAAAACCUCUCGGAGAAGUCUCGGAUGCUUCCCACCCUCCCUCCGUAUGACAUGGAUGACCAGCUCCUGCCCAGGGAGCCACGGAGCGCCUGGUGCUGCUUGGCAUGGACCCUGCUGGUCGUCACCAUGAACUCCUUGGUCUUUUUCAUCAACUUGCUCCUGAUGUUCAUUAUCUUCACCAUCGUGCUGCUCCCCACCAUUGUGGUGGUUUACUUUGGCUUCCAGUGCCACUCUCGGGUCCUGCACUCAGCCGCCCGCUACUGCAAAAGCAUCUUGGAUGACAACAGCUCCUCUGCCCUCAUCAUCCUCGGCUUCGUCAUCAUGUCCCCCCUCAUCGUGGUGGCCAUGGCCACCUACUGCAGCCUGGCACGGCGUCUGCGGCUCCUCAUGUGCUUCCAGCCGUGCAGCAGGGCCGUGUACAAGGGGGUGAAGUGGCGCUGGUACGAGGAGGGGGGUCUGUGCAGCUGCGCCAGGGGGUUUAACACUCAAGUCAAGGCCUGGGUGUGAGUUCGCAGCACUAAAAGCCCUGUCCUAACCAGCACCAUCUUCUCCCUGCCCUGUCCCUCCACACCGUCACCGCCCAGAGUUGCCAUCCAGAUGUGUAGUACCCAGCUGUGAGAGGGUACGGCAGGGAACAGCUCGGCAGCUCAGCGUAUGGUUCUCUCCUUUCGAAUAGCUGCGGGUCUGUCGUGUUCGGUGAGUGAGAUCUGUAUGCUGCUGGUCACCGGUGUCCACCUGCCUCCCAAAUACAAUUAUUUCGAGUGUUAUGUAUAAAUAAAGAUCAUGUCAAAUCCA